GGAAACUGAAAGUGAAAUAGACAGCCGCUGACCACGCUGGGUCCCCUGAUAAGACCCCCCUAAGGUCUCCACUGUGCUGCUUAACAAGAACAUUGCCCUAUGGCCUCAGCAAUGCCCCUGGCAAUGAUGUGGGAGGAGGCCACGUGCCCUGUCUGCCUGGAUCCCAUGGUGGAGCCUGCAAGCAUCGAAUGCGGCCACAGCUUCUGCCGCGAAUGCAUCUCUCAGGUUGGGAAGGAUGGGGGCAAGGUCUGUCCUGUGUGCCGGCACCAUUUUCUGCUCAAGAACCUCCGGCCCAAUCGGCAGCUAGCAAACAUGGUGGACAACCUUAAACAAAUCAGCCAGGAAGCCAAGGAUGGCACACAGGGGGAGCAGUGUGGGGUGCAUGGAGAGAAACUACACCUGUUCUGUGAGAAAGAUGGGAAGGCUCUCUGCUGGGUGUGUGUCCAAUCCCGAAAACACCGUGACCACCCUAUGAUCCCUAUUGAAGAGGCUGCUCAGGAGUACCAGGAGAAGCUCCAGGUGGCAUUACAGAAACUGAGAGAAGAGCAGAAGGUGGCUGAGAAGUUGGAAGUGGAUGUAGCAACAAACAGAGCAGCCUGGAAGAGGAAGGUUGAGGCACACAAAUCGAGGAUUCAUGCAGAGUUUGCACAGCAGAAAAACUUCCUGGCUGAAGAGGAACAGAGGCAGAUACAGCAGCUGGAGAAGGAUGAAAGGGAACAGCUGAGAAUCCUGGGGGAGACAGAGGCUGAGCUGGCCCAGCAGAGCCAGGCCCUGCAGGAGCUGAUCUCAGAGCUGGAGCGGAGGAGUCGGGGCUCAGCACUGGAGCUGCUGCAGGAAGUGAGAAUUGUCCUGGAAAGGAGUGAGGCCUGGAACUUGAAGAAGCUGGAUAUUGUCUCCCCAGACAUGAGGAAUGUGUGCCAUGUGCCGGGGCUGAAGGAGAUGCUGAGGACAUGUGGAGUACACAUCACUCUGGAUCCAGACACAGCCAAUUCGUGGCUCAUCCUUUCAGAGGAUCGGAGACAAGUGAGGCUUGGAGACACCCAGCAAAAGAUGCCUGAAAAUGAAGAGAGAUUUGAUAGUUAUCCCAUGGUCCUAGGUGUGCAACGCUUCAACUCUGGAAAAUUUUACUGGGAGGUAGAUGUGACAGGAAAGGAGGCCUGGGACCUGGGGGUUUGUAGCGACUCUGUGCAGAGGAAAGGGCAUUUUUCGCUCAGCCCCAAGAGUGGCUUCUGGACAAUUUGGAUGUGGAACAAACAAAAUUAUCAGGCUGGCACAUUGCCCCAGACUCCCCUCCACCUUCAGGUACCUCCAUGCCAAAUUGGGAUCUUCCUGGACUGUGAGGCUGGCACUGUCUCCUUUUACAAUGUCACUGACCAUGGCUCCCUCAUCUAUGCCUUCUCUGAAUGUGCCUUCACUGAAACUCUGAGGCCCUUCUUCAAUCCUGGUUUUGAUGACAGAGGAAGAAACGGAGCCCCUCUGACCCUCUGUCCACUAAAGAUGGGAUGGUAGGGACCCAUUGAUUAUUCGUGACUCUCUCUGGACACUGCCACCUCCUCCCUGCCCAUAUACCCUUCUCAGUCACUGACCUUGCCUCUUCUUUCCAUGAACUCUGAACUACCUUUGUCUCUGCAGAGGUGUCAGGAUCCCAGCAAGUAGGCUUUAGCAGGGAGGUAACUACAAGUCAACAUCAAAUGACCUUCAACAUCAAUAUUUGUCCCCUAUAUUGCUAUAUCAAUCCCUCCAGUGGAGCAGACUCCUCAGAUUUGACCCAAACUCAUCUGGAUCAACCAAAAAACAUGUUUCUAUCUUCUUUAUGUGACUUAGGUUUUGUUUUCCCCUUGCCACCUCGAGGCUAUUGCCUUUGGUCAGAUCUCUAUUAUAUCUUGCAUGGUUUGCAAAAAGGCUUUCUAAAAUAAUUGUGCCUCAAUCUGCACCAUUCAGUCCUUGUUCCUUAAGCCUGAAGUACUUGACAACUCUGAACGUGAUUAAUAUUGUUGUAUCUUUAACAUUGCACAUGUUUUUUCCUGCCUGGACUGCCCUUCCCUCUUGUACAUCUGGAAUAUUUUGUCUUGGACUGUAAGACCCAGGUCAAGAAUCUCUUCUGUAACUCCUCAUAGCAGCCACUGUGGUGACAGAGGUCAUUUGAGGCUCUGAUCACUGCCUGAGAGGACAUUACCUCCUCAUAACUAGGGAACUCCUGGUUUUGAAAGACAAAGUUCUCCUGGGGCUGGUAUAGCUCUCUGGACCUCUGCAUCUCUGACCCUCACAGACCUGAGAUGCCUUCUGUCCAUGUUCUCAGUAGGUUGACUGGUGACAGCGUCAAAGUACCUGGAGCUCUCUGUCCAUGGAGGGUCAAGGCUGGGGUGCCCCCUGCUUUCAGUGUUCUUCCCUACAAAUGGCAAACUCCUACUACCCCUGA